AUGACUAAGCUACUUACUGGUGCAGUUCUGGUGCUGCUCGUGGCCGGUUCGUUCGUGUCCGGAUCGCUGUUUGGGCCGUUUGGACCGUUCGCCCCCGCCGGUCAACUUCCGGGUGCGUUGCCACCGGGCUUCGGCGGUGGAUAUCCGGGCGCGCUGCCAAUGUACCCGGGUCGUCCCGGUGUUGGACAGCUUCCAUUGUUCCCGCCCGGUCUGUACCCGCCGGUAGCUUACCUGCCGGGUGCGGUACCACCGACCCCAGUAGCGCCAGCAGUCUACGGCCGUGCCUUGGUGGCACCGUCGACAGUGGCCCCCGCAGCCGCCACCGGCAAUCUACGCGGCGUCGCUACCAACGCCGAUGUGCUUGGCCGUCUAGCGGUCGCCGAUCUGCCGGAGGAUUUGCAGCAGCGCGCCCAGGACCUGCAGACCGCCAGCGACCAGGGCUUUGAUGCCUGCGAGCAGAUGCUGACGACGACCGGUUCCUACUGGCAGUACAAGCGCUGCAAUGCGCUGCAGCUCCGCACGGUACUGACCGCAGCGAAGGCGCUCGAACAGGAGGCCACCGCACGUGCCACUGCCGCUGCCACAGCCACCGCUGACCAGACGGCCGACCCUGCACUGCCGACCACCGUCUAA